UUCGUCCCAGUCUUAUAUCUGUUCCUCGUCGGAGUACUGUCGUCACGAUCGAGAGAAGCAAGAAGAAAAAAAAGCGAGGUUAGGGUUACGGUUCUUCUCUGCGUGUCCUCUCUCUCUCGCCAGAGUAGCCGCCAUCGAUCAUGACUGGUAAGGCGAAGCCGAAGAAGCACACGGCGAAGGAGAUCGCCGCGAAGCUUGACGCAGCAACGACGAACAGAGGUGGAGGAAAGGCGGGAAUCGCCGACAGAUCUGGUCAGGAGAAGGGCGGUCACGCCAAGUACGAGUGUCCGCACUGCAAAGUCACCGCUCCGGACAUCAAGACGAUGCAGAUCCAUCACGAAUCUAAGCAUCCGAAGAUUCCUUUCGAGGAGGCAAAGGUUGUGAAUCUCCACUCGAGUCGUCCCGUAGAAUCGGCCAAACCUAAACCCGGUGUCAGGGGAAGCCUGAAGAAGUGAUGAAUUUGGCUUUGAUUUGGAUGUAUCGAGGAGUCGAAUUCCUGAUAUAUGUGAUCUUUUUAAUCUAGAUUACGAUGUUUGGGUGUUCUUGUUCAAUGUAAGAUAUGCUGCCAGACCCAUCAUGUUGAUGCUGUUUAUGGCUAUGUCUUUCUGUUCUCUUUCUAUUAUCUUCUGUCUUCCAUGGAAGUGAUGUUAUAUGAGGAAUUGAUAUUUAAUGGUUCUUGCGUAUUUUGUUGUU